AUGGAAGAGAAGGAGAAAGAGGAGAAACCAGAAGAGCAACUUACAGACCCUGAAUCAGCUUUCCCAGAAUCCUUACUAGAGUUUCAAAUUGAGACAAAAGAAGAAGAAAUUGAUAAGAUUUUGCUUGCUCUGAAACAACUGGAAGAAAAGAACAAAGAAUAUUAUGAAAGAUAUGAGCUGCUGAAGAAGGAGCUGCAGGCACGCAUCAGGCGCUUACUGGAGCAAAUAGAGGAAGAGGAGAAAGAACGAGAUAACAAGGAGGUUGUAACUAGGGACGAUGUGGAAGAGUCACUGACAGCAACAUGGCAGUAUGUUAAGGACAAAGAACAACUUCUGGAAGAUCUGCAGUCCCAAAUUGAAGAAACUAACCAAAAAAUCUCAGUAAAGCAAAGUGAGAAAGAUUAUUGCUUGGAGUACAAAAACGUAGGAAGUAAAAUAGAAGCCAAGAAGAUUAUGAGUCUGGAAAAAGACAUUCAGGAAGUCAAAGAUGCUUUCCACAGAGCUACAGAGUAUUACAGAAAUGCUUUGAAAGCAAUGAAAGAAGAAAAUGUCAGACUGAUUUUGAAGCACAUGGACUUAGUUAAGGAACAGGCCCCUGAG